UCCGAAGCUUCAGUUCCCCGCGCCACCCGCGCGAUGGGCUCGGAGGCAGCUCAGCUGCUGGAGGCUGCUGACUUCGCCGCUCAGAAACACCGACAGCAGCGACGGAAAGAUCCUGAAGGGACUCCCUACAUCAAUCACCCCAUCGGUGGGCGCGCCGGUUGGGAAGCAGUCUUCGCGGAGCGUGGCGGGUGGGGACUGACUGGAACGGGAACACAAAGUGUAGCCCGGAUCCUAACCCAUGAGGCUGGAAUCACAGAUAUUGCGGUGUUACAGGCCGCCCUGCUCCAUGACACAGUAGAAGACACAGAUACUACCCUGGAUGAGGUAGAGCUGCACUUUGGAGCACAGGUUCGACGCUUGGUGGAGGAGGUAACAGACGACAAGACUCUGCCCAAACUGGAAAGGAAGCGGCAACAGGUGGAACAGGCACCCCACAGCAGCCCAGGGGCCAAACUGGUGAAGUUGGCAGACAAGCUAUACAAUCUGAGGGAUCUGAAUCGCUGCACUCCUAGAGGUAUGCUCCCCUACUGGCUCUGAAGAGAGGGUGAAGGAUGUCCAGCUUCUGAAAAUACAGGAUGGUCAGAACACCAAGUCCAGGAGUACUUCGAGUGGGCAGCACAGGUGGUAAAGGGGCUUCAAGGAACGAACCAACAACUGGAAGAGGCUCUGAAGCAGCUGUUCGUGGAGCGAGGGCUGACUCUCUGAGCGGUCCUCCUUGCAGUCCUGUGGCAUGGCUCCAGCAAGGCCCAGGAAAGACGGGAUUCUUACUGCAACAUUUCCAAGUGCACUCAUCUCUCACAUUCCUUCAUUCAGCCCAGACAUCAGAGGCUAAAAACAGCUGCGCUUUUUCACUCAACAGAGGCCCAAAUAUGGAAACCAGAUAUGCCCAUCCAUUCAUGUACUAACAGCCUUUCCUUAAGUCUUGGGUCUGUUUGAUGUUUUGCAUGGUGGGACCUCUGGCCCCUCAGAGACCUAAGAUUGGAUAAGCAUUGGUUUCUAAGUCGUGGGAAAUAAAGCACUUAUGGUAAGGGCUUAAA